UUUAAAUAUUGAAGAAUUGUAAUUGUGCAAGAAAUGUAAUGCUUAAACAUUGUUUUGUAAACAUACACAUGUAUAAUAUAGCAACACACAUGUAUAAUGUUAAUCAAAUGGCAUCCAAGCUAUAAUUACAGAAAAUGUGUCUGAUAAUAAAUUAUAUCACUGAAACACAGUACGUAAUCAUCUACCACAUAAACAUGCUAUAUAAUAAUGGUAGACCGUCAGUUAUAGUACCUGUACAUCUUUACAUAUAUACGUUACAUAUGUCUAUGGUAACCAAGGCAACGAGAGGUUAGCAUAGUAAACACCUAUACAUUUAUAUAUUAAUACCUCGAAACAAAUACUAAUAUACAGGGAAAGUAGUAUGGAAGUUAAUCAAGAUUGAGAACUUACAAGUUACAAGGGAAUAAGAAGACAAGAGGAAACAAUGGAUGACUACCGCGAUUAUCUGCUAGAGAACUUAAAGAAGAUGUUUGAGGGUCAAGUCCUUACUGACGUCACACUUCAGGUCGGUGAGGUCAGAAUUGACUGCCAUAGAAACGUUCUAGCAGCUGCAAGCCCAUACUUUAGAGCGAUGUUUAUAAAUCCAGUAAUAGAGAGAGAAGCAGACAUCAUAGAGAUACACAACAUACCAUCACACAUCCUUAACCCUGUGGUUACAUAUAUAUACAGUGGUAAUAUAACAUUAAACAAUGAAAACGUUCAAGAUUUUUUAAUGACAGCCACCAUGUUAGAGCUGACAUAUUUAAUUGAAUGUUGUGCGAAUUACAUGAUGCGGGAGGUCUGCAAAGAAAACUGUGUUGAAAUGUUUACAUUUGCAUCUCAUUUUGCCUGCUCGAAAUUAAAACAACAUACUAAGAAAUUUAUCCUUGAUAAAUUUUCGGAUAUUUUCCCAGAUGAAAAUCUUUUUGAGUUGGAAAUUGACGAUUUUGAGGAACUUAUUGCAAGUGACGACAUCUCAGUGGAACAUGAAGAAAUAAUUUUCGAUGCAAUAAAGAAAUGGAGAGAUCGGAAAGACUCUCGCUUUUGCCUUUUCCCACGUUUGUUUAAACAUGUAAGAUUACCGCUAGUAAGUGACGAGUAUUUCAAAACAAACAUUGAACAAGAAAAUUUUAUUGUGAAUGACCCAGUGUGUGCGGACAUUUUAUCGAAGUUCAGAAAAUUCAACCUAACUGAUUCAAGUGUGUCAUCUCAAACCAAACAAGAUUACUUUGGGAUCAACGCAAAACCUCGCCAUGGAAUGUUUAAUAGAAAUAUGAUAAUUUUCUCCGGUGGUACUGUCGAUAAAAAUGGACGUUCAUUAACUGCAUUUGAUCCCAUUACUCUUAAGAAUUAUAUUGGUAUCAAACCCCAUCCAACUUUUGACUUUAAGUACAAGAUUGACUUUUACCAACUGGUUACAACAGCCGAUAAUAGCCUGUAUUUUAUUGGUGGAAUAUUUUAUGACGAUCACCAUUUUGAAGAUGCAGGACAAGCACUCAGUGAGGUAUAUAAAUAUGAUUCUAAAGUCGUAUGUUGGGAACGUAAAACUGACAUGAGUAAACCUCGGUGUUGUCUCUCGGCAGCCGUGCUAGAUAAUACGGUGUUUGUAAUUGGUGGAAAGUCUAAGUAUCCAAGAGGUCCACCAUUAGAUUCAGUAGAAUUCUAUGACGUCGAGAAUGAUAUCUGGAAUAGUCUUUCAUCGGUACCUAUAGGCAUUUACAACCAUGCUUCUGCUGUCGUUGAUGGUGCUAUUUUAGUUUUUGGUGGCAGAGACGAGGAUGAAGAUUAUUUAGAUACAGUUUUAAGGUAUGAUAUUCAAAAGGACUUUUGGACGCUUGUGUCAACGCAAAUGAAUAAGCCGCGCGCACAAUUAUGUGCUUUUCCUUAUAAAUCACGCAUUUACCUUGUUGGCGGCAUUACUAUGCAUGAAAAUAUUCUUACUACAGCAAUUUAUGAUCCAAGUAUGAACAAAUGGACAUAUGGGGAAAACUUCCCUGAAGAAAGGAAAAUAACUUCAGCAGGGUCACACGACGGAAUUAUUUACGUGUGCGGGGGUGUACGCCAUCUUGGAUUGAGUGGACGUCGCAGUCGUCUGGUAGAAUCACGUGAUUUGUACAAAUAUGAUAUAGAGAAGAAUAAAUGGUCGAAAGUUGUGAAACUUGUACAAUACUCAAAUACACAAUCUAUCGCAUGUUGUGUGUUAAACACGAAAUAUCUCGACGAAAGCGAAUAUGUAAGUUCACCAUAGAACUACAUGUAGCUUGUUAUAAGAACAAUUAUUGGCCAUAAAAUUUACUAAAAUUGUAAUGAAAUGAAAUUAAUAAAAAUAGAAUAAAUCAUCAAAUGCAAAAACAAGUGUAGUGCAAAAAUUUAACUUUAAAUGAAGUUUUUGCCGUGAUAUUUUACUGAUAUCUAUUUGACAGCUGUGUGAACUCAUAGUUUCCGCCAUGUUAGAAUUAGUUUAAACAUAAUUUUAUUGAAAAAUGUAAGCCUACAAAGUAAACAACGAUAUAGUUGUAAUAGCCUUUGUCUAAAAACAAAAACUUAUAAAAGGCAUCAUCUAUGUUAGAAUUUACAAAUGUGAUCGAAUUUGUGAUUUAUUUAAAACAUAACUGUGUAAAAAAAAUCUGCAUAAUAAUGACAACUUACAGGGUCAUAAAUUGAUACAUCUACUCAUAAUUCUCCCGACAAUUACCUGUAAAUAUUGCAAAUAAAUUCAUUCUUAGUCUGUGAGUGAUUUGUCAAUAUAGUGUUAUUUAAUUGGUGUCAAUAAAUUCAUUCUUAGUCUGUGAGUGAUUUGUCAAUAUAGUGUUAUUUAAUUGGUGUCAUUUCAGCAGCAUGUGAAGUUCAGAUCAAUACUUGUUGUCAAUUAAUAUUUGAAUUUCCAUCAUAUUUUAAGAUCGGUAUCUGAAAGGUAUCAAUAUUAUCUUCACCUUUUCUUCUUUUUCUUUAAAAAAACAAUCUAGUUUAAAGGUAAAAAAACAUAAAAAAUUGUAUUUUUUACAAAGAUCAGUUUAGAAACUUUAAAAAACAGAAAGAUAUGCAAAAAUAGUUAAUAAAUAUAUUCAGAAAUAAAUUGAAAAUCGUAUUUGUUAGAAAGAUAUGUAAAAAU